AUUUGAUGGAUUGGCUAAAAAACCAUGUAGAAAUUCUUCAUUCCGAUGAAAAUGUUAUUAAUGCUUUUAAGCAUUUGGAAAAAAAUAUUAGAUAUAAAUCAAAUGAUCCUAAAUUGUAUCCAGAGCUUAAUUGGUAUGCAACUGUUGGAAAAUCUAAUGAACUUUGCGAAGAUGAAAAGAAAUUUGUCCAUGAUAGAAAAACUCAUAUUCGUGAAGCUUUCGCAAAAUAUGUUGGUGUUGAAGUUGAUGAGAUUCACCUCGAUGACAUUCCUACAAUUGCAUUUACGAUUUCUUGCCUGACUAACAUAGGUGGUAGUGGAAGUGCCUGGAUUUUUAAGGCACUUGCUAAUAAUUCUGCUCCACAGGAAGCUGUUGAAUUAGCUUUUGGAAGUUUAGUUCAGAAAAAAGACUCUGGAAUUCAUUUGUCACUUAUAGAUAUCUAUGGUGCAUUAUUAGCUGCAAAAUUGUUAAUAGGACCCGACUCUAACACUCAAUCCUCAGAUUUUAAACUGAGUUCACAAAAGAAAUAUGUAGAGGGUGGAAAAAAUAUGUUACCAUUAUAUGCAGCUAUUUAUGAUAAUCGUCCAUGGAAGGAUUACCUUGAGCCAGAAUAUGCAGCUUUAAUUCCAAAUUAUGAACAAGUCUUAGAAAAGCAUAAAAUGAAAAAUGGAUAUUUUCAAUGGUAUGAAUUCACACCUUUUGAAGUUGGUUGUGAAGAAUUUCCUG